GGGUACUAUAUUAGAGGAAUACGUCGGUACUUGCAUUUUAGAGCUGCAAUUGUCUUGCUACAACAUCUCAGAAUCGCCAACCUCUUCGUUCGUUGAGACCUGUUUGCGUACUCCUACCAACGAUGACCACUAGUAGAUAAACGUCAUAGUCAUCCAUACAAAUUGACGAUCAUGGCAGACGCAGAGGAUGAGGAUUACCACUUCUACGGGACACCGUUGGAAGAUGAGCAGGAAGGCAGGGCUAACCAGUACCGAAGGCCAGUGAAAGAUGCUGCGCAGCUCCGAACUCUACCGAUCUGGAAGCAAGAGGCGACCGAUGAGCAAGGGCGAAAGCGCUUCCAUGGUGCAUUCACCGGCGGCUUUAGUGCAGGAUACUACAACACUGUUGGCAGCGCGGAGGGUUUCCAGCCCGCCUCCUUCAAGAGCUCCCGCUCCUCCCGCCAGCAGCCCGCCCGCCCGCAGCAGGUGGAGGACUUCCUGGACGAGGACGAGCGGGAGGAGCGGGCGCGGACCGUGGUGGCAGUGCGGGACGAGUACGACACCUUCGGUACGGGUGCCGCUGAGGCCGCCCGCGCCGCCGCCGCCCGCGAUGCCUCCGCUCGCCCCAGCCUCAUCCCGGGUCCCG